GAGAGCUGUUAUAUUUGUGCCUGCUAGAGUUGGAAAUAACAGUUAAGAAACUGACUGGGGUUGAAUGGAUUUACAGAAGUUUUUUUAAGUAAAUUCAGGGAAACAUAUGAAUUAGAUUAGUACAUGCUUUAGAAUUAGUUUAUACUAAGGUGAUUCAAAAGAUGUUAAAGUUAUCACCAGGCUGCUGGACAAAUAUAAAUUAUACUACCAAGGUACAGAUCGAGACAAAUCUGUGACUCAGGACUUUAUCUUGGAAAGAGCGCAAGGUGUGAGAAGAUCUCAGAAUAACAAGAGAAGAUAACUCUGGCAACUACAGUGUAUCAGAAGAUCAGCUCUUGGUAACACAACCCUGAACUAAAGACCUGGUUAUCUAAGGUUUUUAAUAGGAAUGCCUAGGUCAGCUGACAAAAUACUGGUCUUCUGCUCCAUAAAUGCAGAAAAAACGAUAACAACAGUGGAAAAUUGGAAGUCUGAAUUUCAGCUUUCUUAGAAAUAACUGCAACCUGACACAUUCCAUAAUAUUUAAACGGCGGGCAGGGGAGAAUCACCAAAGAUGUUAUGUUUAGAGAUGACAUUGACAUGAAGAAUAGGUAAAUUUUGUUUUUCAGCCACUGGUAAAGCAGACCUUAUAGGAGCUCAGAAUAAGCAGGAGAAAUAUUUUUGUUCUUUUUCUUUUCAACAAUGAACCUAAUGGCACUCAAAGCUUUCCUGGGCUUGCUCUGGAAUUGCUGGGUUCUAGUGGGUCAUGCACAGGGAGGCUUGGGAGACAAUCAUGUCCAUUCAAGUUUUAUUUACAGGAGGCUGCGGAACCAUGAAAGAAGGGAGAUCCAGAGAGAGAUUCUCUCUAUCUUGGGUUUACCUCACAGACCCAGACCAUUUUCACCUGGAAAGCAGGCUUCUUCUGCACCCCUCUUCAUGCUGGACCUGUACAAUGCCAUGACAAAUGAAGAGGAUACUGAGGAACUGGAGUAUUCACUGAGGGAAUCAAUGGGAGGAGAGAGCAGAGGGGUAAGAAAAGGAUACUCCGCAUCUCCAAAUGGAUACUCACGGAGAAUACAAUUAUCUCGCAUGACCCCCCUGACCACACAGAGUCCUCCCUUAGCCAGCCUUCGUGAUACCAACUUUCUGAAUGAUGCCGACAUGGUCAUGAGCUUUGUCAAUUUAGUUGAAAGAGACAAGGACUUUUCUCAUCAAAGAAGGCACUACAAAGAGUUUCGAUUUGACCUGACUCAAAUCCCACAUGGAGAAGCAGUGACAGCAGCUGAAUUCCGGAUUUACAAGGACCGAAGCUACAAUCGGUUUGAGAAUGAAACAAUUAAGAUUAGCAUAUAUCAGAUCAUCAAAGAAUACCCAAACAGGGAUGCAGAACUGUUCCUGCUGGACACAAGGAAGACUCAAGCUUUUAAUGUGGGCUGGCUUGUAUUUGAUAUCACUGUGACCAGCAAUCAUUGGGUGAUUAAUCCACAGAACAAUUUAGGCUUGCAACUCUGUGUUGAAACCGGGGAUGGUCGCAGUAUCAAUGUUAAAUCAGCUGGCCUUAUAGGAAGACAAGGGCCUCAAUCAAAGCAGCCAUUUAUGGUUGCAUUCUUCAAGGCAAGUGAAGUGCUUUUUCGAUCUGUCCGAGCAGCCAACAAUAAAAGGAAAAAUCAGAACCGCAACAAAUCCAGUAGCCAUCAGGAUUCUUCCAGGAUGCCCAGUGUAGCAGGACCUGCACAUCUAAAUAUGUAUCUUUUAGAGGAUACUAUAGUAGAGUAUAGUACUAGUGGAUCAAGAAUUUUUCUUGAAAGCUGUUGCCAGCCUCUCAAACAUGUCCAUUAUGAUUGGAUAAUAGCACCAGAGGGCUAUGCUGCGUUCUACUGUGAUGGAGAAUGCUCCUUUCCACUCAAUGCCCACAUGAAUGCUACAAACCAUGCCAUAGUUCAGACUCUGGUUCAUUUGAUGUUCCCUGAUCACGUACCUAAGCCAUGCUGUGCACCUACAAAACUGAAUGCAAUCUCAGUGCUCUACUUUGAUGACAGUUCCAAUGUUAUUUUGAAAAAAUACAGAAAUAUGGUGGUGCGUUCGUGUGGCUGCCACUAGAAUAAAAAACAAGAAAAAAAAAUCACACCCAGUGUUUGUUCAGAAUUGUAAUCAAGUCAAAAUACAAUUCUUGCUAGUGAAAAGGCAUCCCUAAACUUAUUCCAUUUCAUGCCAUCUCUCAUUUAAUGUACAGUAAUGUAUAUAGUAGCGUUUAUUUAUUUAAAGGUAUAUAGUUUCUUUUCUAUGGGUGAAAUUUCAAAACAGUUUAUUUUAUGGGUCACCUUACUAUGUUGGAGAACCUCCAAAGCUGUUUUUCAAUCGAUCUCACUGAGACCUUUUUCUGUCCAUUUCAACAUUUUAAAGUAAGACCUUUGUAUAGUUUUUUUUUUUAAGUUAGAAAGCCCAGAACUCCUGUGACUGUUAUAUUGUUAAAGGAAAUUGAAUACAUUUGGUUAUGUUGUGCAAAUGAAAUAUAUACUUGGAUAUUUAUUUAGAAAAGGCACUAAAAAAAGAAACUGAAGAAAAAAUGCUUGGCUAAACAUAAUUUUUCUUUUAGAAGUUUUUCUCCAUUAGACAAAUUGAAAUGUUGAACAGUGUUUAAAUAAACAAACAGUAGGUAGAACAUAGAAGCUGAAAGACUGCACAUAAUUGUUAUAGCUAUUUUCUUUAACAGAAUCGGUGUAACUGGAGGAACAUGUUACGUCUUGGCUUGUGGAAUUUUGCAAAAGGCUCAAAGCUUCAGGAAUUCUGUGGAGAUCGGCUUGAGUCUGUGCCUAUAGCUUUCCAAGUUAACACUAAACACUUGUAGUACAACCUUCUUUCCUCAAAUAAAUUGUCAGUUUGUUAUCUCUAAGACUACUGCUGCAGAUUUUGUGUGUGUUUAAUAACAAAAAAACAAAAACAAAAAAACUCCACACUCACCUGAGCCACCUUACCAUAUGGGCAAGAAUUAAUAUAUGUGUGCAAUGUGUAAAAGAUUAAAAUCUGGAAAAUCUGUUUUCCUUAGCUUCCUUUUCUUGCUGGGUAAGGCAUUUAGGAACAUUGGAAUUGCCAUUCGUAGUCAGAUUUGUGGUUAGUCUAGUGCAGUAUCCUGUCUCUGACAGUGGCCAACAGCAGGUGCUUUAGAUGAAGGUGAAAGAAACCUUAUAUGGCAGUUUUUAGGAUAAUCUCUGUGCACAAUAGGUCCUCUCCUAAUCUCUAAUCUUACUAUCUCUUCCAAAACUUGUUUGCAUUAACUAUUAUACUCUGGAUAUUCCUGUUACCAUAUAAAUGUCCAAUCCCUUUUAUUGUCUUGCUAAGUUUUUUGCCUCAAUUACAUUUUCUGGCAGUGAGUUCUACAGUCUAAUUGCACAUUGUAUGAAAAAGUAUUUUCAUUUAUCGGUUUUGAAUUUACCAUCUUUUAAUUUCAUUGAAUAUCCCCAUGUUAUUAUGGGAGAAUAGAAGGUCCUGAUUUCCCAUCUCUACAACCAAUCAUUAUUUUAUAUAGUUUUGUUGGGAAUUGCCUCAGUAGAAAUAUUGCUAUAUUAGAGUGUUAUUUAAAAUGAAUAGAACAUUUCUCAUGCCUUACAGAAUCUUUUCAUUUAAAUCCCGAUUUCUAUGGUUAUUUAAUGCACAUUCCACAAAACACAGACUAUUGCAGAAUAAUAUAAUCAGGUAUGUGUGUGUUUUGCAGAAACUAAUUUAUUUUAUCUCACUGUUGGAGUAUUGUCUUAAAUUGUUAAACAUACACUUAACUUUUUGAAAAAUUAAACAGGGUGGGUUUCUUUUUUUCAGUCAUAGCAUUUUCUCCAAACAUUACAUUUCAAUUACUAUUUUAUACUUUAUGUACCUCCAUAACUAUGUCUAAUUGCAGUUCAUGUACAAUAAGGUAUAUUAAUAAAGUUUCUUCAGUGAAUUGCUGUUUGGGGACCACUUAGAUAAUGAACAUUAAACUGCAUGGGGGAUACUUUCAGAAAAGUUAUGGGUUUGUUUAUGAAUCAGGUAAAUGGUUAUGAUGUUUUGAAUUCAAUUUAUUCUAAAUAAAAUUUAAUGGAAACUGAAUUUGGUGUACAUUAAGUAAUAUAUUUUUGAAUAAUGAUGUACUAUUUUGAGAAUAAGAAACGGAAAAUUAUAUUAUUCUUUAAAAUGUGUUGUUGGAAUAUGUUUCUAUAUUUUAAGAUCUAAUAAACCUGUAAUACUAA